GCCCAUUUUAACGGUGCCAUCACCGAGUGCGGUAAACGGAGCAUCUUUUCAACAUGUAGACUAAUUCUUUACCUCAUCUUUUGGAACGUGUCCGUUUCAUCUGUAACACUGUAAAAUGAGCGCAACCAUGACAAAUUCAUCAACAGGCAUUCUAAUAGCCUAAGAAAUACCGGCGGUCCAUAAUUUAGGCUAUGCAAACACGCAAAUAUCUAACCAGCAUCAUUUCAUUUUCUUCCGCAUUAGAGGAAUUCCAUACAGCCGUCUGUUCCACAUCCUUUUUUUUUAUCUCCUGUCUAGAAACAACAGAUGGGACAUCACGUCGAUAGGCUUCACAUCAUGCACGUUUUUUCCUCCUGAAUUUGAAUUUAAAAUAGAGCGAACCAUAGCCUACUGGAAUUCAGUUUUGUUUGUCUUAAAACUCCCCAACGUCCUUGGAUAUGGCCGGAUUAUUCAAGCUGUAGAAGUCUCUGGUUCCACACCUCAAAACAAGCCAAAUUGUCUCCAUUUAUUUGUAUUGAUAGGUUUCCCCCUAGUCAUUUGGCUUGAUAAUAUAUUAGGAUUCAAAGAUAAAAGGAAUAAAAACACAUCAGGUCAAUAUAUCUGAUGCAAUAAACAUCUAACAAAUCCUCCCCUAAACAUCAACAUAUGCUUGCUGACACAUGCCUUGGUAUGGGGAAUCCUAGAAGGAGUAGAAGAGGGAGUGACAUGGGGGAACACUAAUCCAGAAACCACAUAGUCACUUUCUACCUGCCCUACACUGACACAGGUACAUCAGAAGAUCGUAGCUGUAAAGAGUUUUAAAGAGAGCUCACACUUAUAUCACCUAAUAGCCAUGGGGGACUUAGCCAACAGUUCUGUAGAGUUCCACCCCAAAAAGCAACAAGGUAGUGUAGGUGGAAUGGAGAUCAACCAUGCGGGAGACUUUGGGGCCACCCUGGAGGAUCUGCGGACACUCAUGGAGCUAAGGGGUGCAGAGGCCAUUCAGAAGAUCCAGGAGAACUACACAGACACAGAGAGCCUCUGUCAGAGACUAAAGACUUCUCCAGCCGACGGCUUGUCCGACAACCCAGCUGACCUAGAGAAACGCAUGCAGGUGUUUGGACAAAAUUUCAUCCCUCCUAAAAAGCCAAAGACCUUUCUACAGCUGGUGUGGGAGGCCCUUCAGGAUGUCACCCUCAUCAUUCUGGAGAUCGCUGCUAUCAUCUCUCUGGGCCUCUCCUUUUACCAACCUCCUGGAGAAGAAAGUGAAUCGUGUGGAAAUGUGGCAUCUGGAGCAGAAGACGAGGGUGAGGCGGAGGCAGGCUGGAUUGAGGGGGCAGCCAUCUUGUUGUCUGUAAUCUGCGUGGUGUUGGUGACAGCUUUUAACGACUGGAGCAAGGAGAAGCAGUUCCGGGGGCUGCAGAGCCGUAUUGAGCAAGAGCAGCGCUUUGCUGUUGUGCGGAAUGGCACUGUGAUCCAGAUUCCUGUGGCAGACAUGGUGGUUGGGGAUGUAGCCCAAGUCAAGUAUGGCGACCUGCUGCCUGCAGAUGGAAUACUGAUACAGGGCAAUGACCUGCAAAUCGAUGAGAGCUCGCUGACUGGAGAGUCUGACCACGUACGCAAGUCUGUGGACAAAGACCCCAUGUUGUUGUCUGGAACACAUGUGAUGGAAGGCUCAGGGAAGAUGCUAGUUACUGCCGUUGGAGUUAACUCUCAAACUGGAAUCAUCUUCACUCUUCUGGGGGCUGGAGAGGAAGAGGAGGAGGAGAAGAAAGACAAGAAAGGCAAGCCAGAUGGUACAUUGGAAAACAAUCAAAACAAAGCCAAGAAACAGGAUGAGGCUGUUGCCAUGGAGAUGCAGCCCCUGAAGAGUGCAGAAGGUGGGGAGGUUGAGGAGAAAGAGAAGAAGAAGACCAAUGUUCCCAAAAAAGAGAAAUCUGUCCUUCAGGGCAAACUCACUAAACUGGCAGUGCAAAUCGGGAAGGCAGGCCUGGUCAUGUCAGCCAUCACAGUUAUCAUUUUAGUGGUGUACUUUGUGAUUGAGACAUUCGUGGUACAGGGCAGGGAAUGGCUCCCUGAAUGCACGCCUGUUUACGUCCAGUACUUUGUAAAGUUCUUCAUCAUCGGUGUCACAGUGCUGGUAGUAGCUGUGCCCGAGGGGCUUCCCCUGGCUGUCACCAUAUCCCUUGCCUACUCUGUAAAGAAAAUGAUGAAGGAUAACAACCUGGUUCGUCACCUGGAUGCAUGUGAGACCAUGGGCAAUGCCACUGCCAUCUGCUCUGAUAAGACUGGCACCCUGACCACCAACCGAAUGACUGUGGUGCAGGCUUAUACUUGUGACCAACACUUCAACAAGGUCCCAGAUCCUGAACAGCUCAAUCCAAUGGUGCUGGAGAUGCUGGUUAGCUCGAUUGCUGUCAAUAGCGCCUACACUUCUAAGAUUAUGCCUCCAGACAAAGAGGGCGGCCUGCCCAAGCAAGUGGGCAACAAGACGGAGUGUGCGUUGCUGGGUUUCGUGCUGGACUUGAAGAGAGACUACGCUCCAGUGAGGGAGCAGAUCCCUGAGGAGAAACUCUACAAGGUCUACACCUUUAACUCUGUGCGCAAGUCCAUGAGCACCGUGGUUCAGCUUCCUGACGGGUCCUUCCGCCUCUACAGCAAAGGGGCCUCCGAGAUCCUACUCAAAAAAUGCACGUCCAUCCUGGCGGCAGGGGGGGAGAAGCGGAAUUUCCGUCCACGGGACAGGGAUGAGAUGGUCAAGAAGGUGAUUGAGCCCAUGGCUUGUGAUGGCCUGAGGACCAUCUGUGUGGCCUACCGGGAUUUACCUGCAAGUCCUCAACCUGACUGGGAGAACGAGGCUGAUAUCUUGACUGACCUGGUCUGCAUCACAGUAGUGGGCAUUGAGGACCCUGUCCGCCCAGAGGUCCCAGAUGCCAUCAAGAAAUGCCAGCGUGCAGGUAUCACUGUGCGCAUGGUGACAGGUGACAACAUUAGCACGGCUCGUGCGAUUGCUGCCAAGUGUGGCAUUAUCCAGCCGGGGGAUGAUUUCCUGUGUAUUGAUGGGAAGGACUUCAAUCGACUAAUCAGAAAUGAAAAAGGAGAGGUUGAGCAAGAACGCAUGGACAAGGUUUGGCCCAAGCUGCGAGUUUUGGCUCGGUCUUCCCCAACAGACAAACAUACUCUGGUCAAAGGAAUAAUUGACAGCACUGUAACGGAGAAACGGCAGGUUGUGGCUGUGACAGGGGAUGGGACAAAUGACGGACCAGCCCUCAAGAAGGCUGAUGUUGGCUUUGCCAUGGGUAUCGCUGGUACUGAUGUUGCAAAGGAAGCCUCUGACAUCAUCUUGACAGAUGAUAACUUCUCAAGCAUUGUCAAGGCAGUCAUGUGGGGGAGGAAUGUCUAUGACAGCAUCUCCAAGUUCCUACAGUUCCAGCUGACCGUCAACGUGGUGGCUGUCACUGUGGCCUUCACGGGUGCCUGCAUCACACAGGACUCUCCUCUCAAGGCGGUGCAGAUGCUGUGGGUAAAUCUGAUCAUGGACACCUUCGCCUCCCUAGCCCUGGCAACCGAGCCCCCUACUGAAGCCCUGCUCCUGAGGAAGCCCUACGGUCGCAACAACCCCCUCAUUUCCCUCACCAUGAUGAAGAACAUUCUGGGCCAUGGAGUCUAUCAGCUCAUCAUCAUCUUCACCCUGCUGUUCGCAGGGGAAAAGAUCUUCAACAUUGACAGUGGCCGCAAUGCCCCUCUGCACUCUCCCCCCUCUGAGCACUACACCAUUAUCUUCAACACUUUUGUGCUAAUGCAACUAUUCAACGAGAUCAAUGCCCGAAAAAUCCACGGAGAGAGGAACGUUUUUGACGGGAUCUUUUCGAACCCCAUCUUCUGCAGUAUUGUUCUUGGAACUUUUUUAAUGCAGUUUGUUAUAGUGCAGUUCGGAGGGAAGCCUUUCAGCUGUGCACCUCUCAACUUGGAACAGUGGCUCUGGUGUCUGUUUGUGGGAUUGGGAGAGCUGCUGUGGGGACAGGUCAUCACUACAGUACCCACCAGUCAGCUCAAGUGUUUGAAGGAGGCAGGUCACGGGUCAGACGAGGAUGAAGUCAUUGAUGAGGACAAUCCGGAGGAUGAGGAUGAGAUUGACCAUGCAGAGCGUGAACUGCGUCGAGGGCAAAUCUUGUGGUUCAGAGGGUUGAACCGCAUCCAGACUCAGAUGGAGGUAGUGAGUACCUUCAAGAGAAGUGGUUCCUUUCAGGGUGCUGCACGCCGCCGUUCGUCAGUUCUCAGCCAACUCCAUGACAUCCGAGUGGUGAAAACAUUCCGUAGCUCCCUUUAUGACGGUAUUGAGAAACCGGAAUCCAGGAACUCCAUCCAUGAUUUCAUGGUUCACCCGGAAUUUCUCAUCAAUGACGUGGUCCACAAUAUCCCCUUAAUUGACGAAACAGACAUUGAGGAAGACUCAGAGCGAUCCAACCGCAACCAUGUUGGCCUGGUUCUUUGUCAAGCUCCUCCUUCCACUCAGUCUCCCCAACCUCCACCCCGCUCUCACCGCACCCCUGCUCGACCCUACCGCCAGCAGAGCCUCCCUGUUACCCUCAACUGCAACAACAACGCGGUCCAGAAUGGUGUCUCCCUGACCCCAGAAGAUGCCUCUUCUCGUCCCAUCAGCCCGUUGCACAGCUUAGAAACAUGUUUAUAACUACUAUGUUGAACAGGAUUUAAAAGGCAUAAAAUAAUACACCAUUGACUAUGAUUGACAUGGAUGAAGACCUACAUGGAUUGAAUGAGGAACAACUUGAUAUGGAAAGAUAAAGUAUUACCUGGAAAUGGCAUUGACAGGAUGAAAUAUUGCUUCAUGAGCCAACCCUUACCCCCCACUGCUUUUAGCCUGCACUCUCUGCUUCAGACCACACUGCUACCCUCUCCCAAACUCCACAGUCCAACAACACUAACCCUAUCAGACUCUGGAGACACUUUUAAAAUGUAUGUCUAUAGGCACGCAAUAGAGGAGUGAUUGGUGUUGUAUAGUCAAGAAUGAACUGGAAUCAAGUCUUGUCAUUUCAGUGACAAUUGGGAAGUGUGAUGGGGUUAAUUCAUUCUGCUUUUUAACAAUGUAAUUGUUCCGAUUACUACUGUUGUUAUUACUACUGCAAUUACUACAUUUAUUACCACACUUAUAUAUUCCAGUUAACAAUGCUUCAUUAAUUAGCUUUAUCUAUCCAUGUAUGUAUGAUGUAUGUUUGUAUGUAUUGUUUGUCUGUUCGCUUAACUGCUGUAUUUGUCUCUUUGUUUUUCUGUUUUUAUAUACUCCUUCUGGUCAUGUCCCCUAUUUUCCUUUUCCGUGUUUACAUGUGUUGUGUCUUUAGAAAGAAAAAGAUAUAUAACUAUACAAAUGAAGUUGAUACGUAUGAUAACUUCAAACACAAAUGGUAAUGAAAUAGUACAUAUACUAUAAAAAAGUACAAAUGAAAAAGAACUGCUCAUGGUCUGGCUCUUCUUGUCAUGUAGAGAUGUCCUGAAUUCAAUCAUUGAAUUGGACACCUCCAUGACAAAGCAGAACACCUGAGAGUUUUUGAAAAAUUACGUUGUGCAUAAAGAUUAAAGUAAUUUAUUUAAAUGAU